UUUUCCAUACAAAUCGAGGAUUUAGUAUUUUUGCUAAUCAUCACUAGCUCUAUCUAGCUCACAUCUUGCUUUCGCCUCCCCCAAUAAUAACCUAACCCUCAGAAAAGACAUACCGCUCACGAAAAUUUCUCAAAGACCCUCUCAACCUUCCAACUCUCGCCGAUGCAGGCUCCAUUGAUCUCAGCAUCAUCAUUCCCGCGUACAACGAGACAUCGCGUCUCCCAUCCAUGCUUGAAACCACACUUGAUCACCUCAAUUCGGCCUUCAUCGUUAGACACACAUACGAGUUCAUCAUCGUCGACCAUGGUUUAAAGGAUAACACAUCCGCACUCGUGCUAAAACUGGCACAGCAACACCUUAAUAACGAUAUUCGGGUUGUCACUCUUGAAAAAGAAUCUUGGCAAGGGCGGUACACCGUGGGAUGCUACAUGCACGUGGAAACAGGCUAUUGAUAGUGGAUGCAGAUAGUGUAAGUCGCUUUGAGGACUUAGAGCUGCUGUGGAAGAAGAUGGACAAACUUUGGCCGAAGGACGAGCCGACGGUCGUCACGGGCAGUCGAGCACACCCCGUCAAGACCAAAGCUGUGGUCCAGGUACGUCUUGUCUCUGACGUGA